AUGUAUGCCGUGCUUGACGAAGCAGCAGUAUCAGCGAUUCAACUGAUGGACAAUGAACUGGAACUGGCCAAAACCAAAAAGAAUUUAGCCAGGACACAUGAGAAACAACCUGAAAAGGUGGCAGUCAACAUAUCUGAGGACAACUUUUUCCCUGAAAUGGAUCAAGCAGGGGUAGCGGCUCUUGAAGACCUUGACAAACACCUAGCAACAUUAAGACACGACGGGUCCAAAAAGAUCUUGGAUGAUGAGGCCAACCACGUGGCAAACCUUCCCCCGCUAUUUUAA